ACGCUUUAUUGGUCGAAAGAUCGAUCGAUUGUUCGGUGAUAUUCCGCGGAGAUUCAAUCCCGACGAACCCGCUCAUAUCAUUAGAACGCUUUGUAGUUGAAAGUGUAAUUUCGUUGCGAUCAUAAUUUUCGAUUAUUCCAUACUACUUUAAUGUGACAAAUGACAAGGAUGAUUGACGCCAGGAAUACCGUUUGCACAAACAAUUCGAAAAGCUCUGCCCCUGAUCUGUUUCUGCUUGCAUACGGGGAUAAAAGUGUAGAAUUGAGAGUCAUAAAAGACGCAGUAGAUAUGUACAGAGAUAGCUUUCUGGAGAAGGAAAAGAUCCUGGAGGAAGAGAAACGAGAGCUGGAGAAAUUAAAUUAUCAAGUGUGGUCGCUGGAGAACUCAUUAUGCGAACAAAUAUGGCAAUUUUCGCACAAAUACGAUUUCAGUACUAUCUUCCAAUAUCAUCCUUUUAUUACGGAUACGAAGCGACGGAGGGAUUGUAAAAAUGAAAGAAGUUCCGAGCUGAUCGAUCUCACAAACGAAAUCGAUGCCAUCAAAGCGGAAAUGGCUCAUCUUAACCAAGGAAGGAACCAAGUCAAACGAGAAGUGGAGAACGGUUUAACAAAAUUACGAAAUUUGCAACAGAUCUCGGAUGAUGUUACGGAAUUAUUAAAGUUGAUAUGCCCGUCAGAAACUCCCUGCAAACUCGAAACGAUAUCGAUGCCGAUAUACGACGAAGUGGUUCCUAAUAAUAAUAGAAAUAAAAUGAAACGACAUAAAAAUGAUCCAGGUCGUGCAAAACAUCUGAAGAACGACAAAUCAAAUCUUACAGCUAAGGAAAAAUCAAUUGUUAUGAAGAAUAAUAAGUCUGAUAUUAGAAAGAAAUUAAUAUUUACGACUCCUAAGAAUUAUCCUCAAUUAUCCCUCGAGAAGAGUAUUAUAUUUACUACGAGUACAAUGAUUAUAAACGAAUCUGCAGAAUUCCCGAAUAACACGAAGUUCAAAAGUUUUACUUUCAAGAAACGCAGUGAGAUUUCCAUCAGGUUUCAACAGUAUCAUGGCUACAAGUAAUAAUUAUUAAUAAAUUAAUUUUUUUUUAACCAUGUUAUAAUGAGAAAAUUGUUUUAAUUAUCUUAAAUAUGUUUAUAUCGUAAGGAAUCGAAUAACUAAGGAAUAAAUAACUUAAAAUAACAAAACACAAAGUUUUACAGAACCUUUGUCAGGAGAAUCAAAGAGAGAUUGUGUAAAAAAGAAACGGAGAAAUGAGUGUGUAAAUUUCGGGAAAAUAUUUUAUAAUAUAUUUGCGUAUUUAGAAAUAUUUAUACAGCAUCCGGAGUAUAAUCGCGCAAUGUACAUUGAAAUUACAUUUAAUAUUACAUUCUUGGAAUUAUACACAAUUAACACAAUAUAUCGUGUGUUGCGCAAUAGACUAUUCGACAAGCGUUCAUUUUCUCGGAAUAGUAUACUGGGCGUUUGCAAACAGUCACCGUGAAUUUCGCUUGCAAACCACGUGGACUAUAUAUGUUUAUCGGUCGGUUUUUGUUUAUUUUCCUUUUUUUUAACUGUUUAACAGUUGGAUCGUACCGCAUCGACGAUCUUGGCAACUUACAUGUGAAUGGCUUUGAUGAGUUUUCCACAUGCGAAGACUUUCAUUACAAUAUCUAAAAACUAAUUUGUCAAACGGUCGCCACCGUCACGUUGUUCAGAUAAUAUCGUAAAAAAUAUUAACAUUAAUCAAUCUAAUUAAUGUAUCCUUUAAAAUUGCAGCCUUUAUUCGUAGAACAUGCUAAUGUUCUAUGUACUUUUCUAUUACAUUAAAUUUUUUCGAGAUCUUGUUUGUUAACUUAUUGUGAGAGAACGCACAAUCUUUUUUAGAAUUUUUUAAAUUUAAUUUAUUUCAAUUUAUUUUUAAUUUGUAUAUUUUAAUUUAUAUGCACAUAUAUGUCUGUAAAUUAAAAUAUACAUAUAUGCAUCGAUAUUACGUGAUUUGACAUUUUUAUUUAACUCUCUCAUUUAAUAUUUUGCAAUAUUAAACAAGAUAAUAAUAGAAAUAAAAUAUAAAAAAAUAUUACAAAAGCACUAACAUACAUUCUUGUAAUUGUAGAUAACAUGUAGAAUUAAAAAAAAGCAAUAGAUAUACAAAACUAUAUUACUAAUAAAAUUCAAAGAUUUCCCAUUCGUAGACGUAAUGCACACCGGUUCUAUAUAUAACAUUACAUAACGUCGAGUAAAUUACGUCACACUUUUAAAAAAA